UCAGCAGGAGGCCGAGGAGUGACAGGACGGUGAAACAGGUCGAGCCAGUCUACUCCUAGGCACUGAUGACACACCUGUUGGGCCUGGGAGGAGCUGAGACAGGUGGAGGCUCCUUAACCAAGAGGAGACGCAGUAAUUGAGAGAGGGAGAGGAGCGCGGGGAGCUGGAAGAAACUCAUCCGGACUCAGAUUACACCAACAGGCCCGAAGAUGUCGAAGAAAAAGGAGUACAGCCCUGCGAAGAUCAACAGAACCCAGGUCAGCGAACUGGCUCUGGUGAUCGCUCGGAUGCAGAAGAAUGCAGAUCAGGUGGAGAAAAACAUCCUGCAAGCAGAAAAGCUGCUGGAUUCGGACAAACUUAGAGAUCAGAAGAACGAGGCGCUCCUCAACAAGAGGGAGAGCGCAGACGAGCUGGCCCAGGCCGAGGGUCUGCUGAAGGAUCUGUUCAUGGAUGUGGACAAAGCCAAGAAGCUGAGGCACCCCCAGGCUUCAGAGAUAGAGAAAGAUGUGAAGAACCUCCACGAACGCUGGAUUAAGGACUGUGAGGUCUUCAGGGAGCUCUACCACCAGGUACAGGACUUGGACUUGGGGCCAAAAGUCGACUGGAACACCGUGCUGCAGGAGAAACAGAACCAGUUAAGUCCUGAGACCUACGGACCCAAAUUAUCUGAUGUGGAGAAGCAGAUCGCUGCUCACAACCUCCUGCACAAAGAGAUCGAGGCCUACAACACCCAGCUGCAGUCCGGCACACCCACCUCAAAGGAGGACUUUGCCGCCCUGAAAAGGAAAUAUGCAGAACUCUUGGAGAGUUCGCGGCGCAGAAGCAACAACCUGGCCUCUUUGUAUGAGUACAUGCAGAGCUGCAGCAAGGAGCUGGCCUACCUGUCGGGCCAGCAGGAUCGGAUCCUCCAGAGGGACUGGAGCGACCUCAUGGCGGACCCCUCUGGUGUCAGGAUGGAGUACGAGAAAUUUAAAUCCAAUGGGCUCCUUGCACACGAGAGCGAGGUCAACCAGCUGAAGGCAAAAGGAGACCAUCUCAUUAAUGCAAACCACCCUGGCAGCAGCACAAUAAUGAUGCACAGUGAUGCGGUUCAGUUAGAGUGGCAAGCCUUCCUCAACCUGUGUCUGGCCCAGGAGGUCCACCUGGACAACAUCGAUCAGUACAAGAAGUUCCAGCUGGAAGCAGAAACGUUGUCCGAUUCUCUAGAGAGACUCCAUUCAUCUCUGGAUACAAAGUCCUUCAGCAACAAGACCAACUCAGAGAUCUUGUGGGCUCUGGAGGCUGAUGAGCCGGCUGUUAAGAGGAACGAGCAACGGCUGGAAGCCCUCAGGGAGCGCAGCAGCAGUGUUUUACCCCUGCAGCUCCGCCGGCUGCAGCCGACCAAGCCCACCGCGGUGGUGUCGCUGUGUGACUGGGAGGAAGGGGAGGAGACGGUGGCGCGAGAAGAGAUGCUGAUCCUGAGGUCCAACGCUGACCAAAAGAAGUGGGAGCUUGAGGACAGCAAUGGGACGAUCAAAACUCUCCCGGGGGUGUGUUUUGAGAUCCCACCUCCUGAUGCGGAGUCCCUGAACUCAGUCAGGAGCCUGGAAAAAAAGCUGAGAGACCUGAAGGGACGUAGAUCAGAGCUGAUGUUGUCUCUGAAGAGCCCUCCUGUGGAGGCGAUUCGCCCUCAGAAGGCAGCUGUCAUAGAAAGUUCUCCAGAGGACACCAAAUCUGCAGAACUCAUCAGUGAAAUAGACAGGAUCAGCAAAGCCCUGGACAGGAGCGAGAAGGAAAUCCUGAACCGGCUGAGGGCUCCGCUGGAUAACCGGAAUCCCACACGAGACCUGGAGACCAGGCAGCGGGACCGGGAGAAAUUUGUCCAGACUGUGAAACAGCUGGAAUCUGACAAGUCCACCAUCCAAAGAGAGAUGGAUCCCAUCCUGACCAAGAAGCCUCUGGGACCCGCGGCCUCCACCGUGGCGCUCAAACUCAACGCUGCCGACAACAAGAUCCACAACAUCACCACACUCCUCGAUCUUUAUGAUAAAAAAGCGACCGCCUCCAUGUUCCUGGAGAAACAGCUGGACAAGGUAGAUGGUUUAGUCUCAGGGUUCGAAGACAAGCUGGCUGCAAAUCGCAUAAUUGAAGACAAACCCAACGUUCUUCAGACUCUCAACCAGGAGCUGCAGGCCAUGCAAAAGGACGCUCUCUCAAAAAACGAUGAGCUGAAAAAAUUAGGCAAAGAUUUGGACCUGACAAAGCAAGCGUGUGACCACCUGCAGCAGAGCUUCAACGAGUACUGCCCUGACAUCCGCCGCCAGGAGAGCGACGUGAAACACCUGAAGAACCGCUACACCAACGUCAACAACCACAUCGCCGAUCGGUUGGCUCUUCUGCAGAAAGGAAACAACAAAAAUCAGGAGUUUGAAAACGCCGUUCAGUCGCUGGAUUUCUUCCUGGUCAACGUGCCGAACAACGCCAUCAAGCCUACUGAUGAUCUGGCAGAAAUUGCAGCCAAGGAGCAAUCUCAAAAGAAAGUUGUGGAGGACAUCAGUAAGAGGUCUGGUGAUUUAGACCGAGUGAAGCACCUGUCCAGUGACCUGCAGCGAGUUUUAAACGACUACGAGACCAAGUCAAACACUUACUCUGAGACUCUGGGUAAGGAAGAGAAAGGCGAUGUCAACGAUAAAAUCCCUGUUAAGACUCUGGCUAAAGGCGUACAGAAUAAGGAGAAAAACCUUGCGAACCUCUUUGCUGAAGUUUUUGCUGAAAACGACCAGCGACUCGCUCAGAUGAGGACGGCCAAGAACAUUAUGGCAAGGAACGAGGAGAAAGUCAGUCAGGUGGUGGUCAGUCAGCAGCUGCAGCUCCAGAGCCAGCAGAAGGACCUGGAACAAACCGGUGGUCUGAAAAGAGACCUAACUGAAGAAAUUAACAGACGUGAACUCACUGAGAAAAACUUGGAAACCUUCCGUACGAGGUUCCUGUCGUUGAAGAGCAGGAGAGGAGUGGAGAGGGUGGAGGAGAAGGAGGUGGUGCAGUAUUACCGAGACCCCAAACUGGAGCUGGAGCUUCAGUCACUGAAAGAUCGCGUCCACAACGAAGAACUGAGGAGAUCAAAAACCCAGUCCGAGAUAGAAAUGAUCAAUGAGAAGAUCAUCUCUCUGGAGGUCCAGUUGAACAGAGUCGAACCUAAACUGAUAACCAAAGUGGUCACCGAGUACGAGCGAGACCCCCAGCUGGACAAAGAGGCAGCUAGGAUUAAAGACGAGAUGGAAAAGAUACGACUCUAUCUUCAGACAAGAGACACAGAAACGGUCAGCGUGAAAACCGAGCUCACGGUCCUGUCUCAGCAGAAACCAAAGAUCAGGGAGAAGGUCGUGAAGAAGGAAGUGGUGAGACUUGAAAAAGACCCAGAGAUGCUGAAAGCUGUUCUCACCUUCCAGGGUGACAUCGCAGAGGAAGAACUGAGAUCCAAGUCUCUAAACGAUUUGAUCUUUAGCACAAGGAGCCAGAUUAACACUCUGGAAAGGGUCAUCCCCACCAUCGAACCCAAGAUCAUCACCAAGGUGGUGAAGCAAGUUCAGCAAGAUCCAGAUGUGAUCGAGGACGCUAAGAGGCUGAAAAUGGUUCUGGAAGAGGAGAAGGAUGAGAACGUGAUCCUGCUGAAAGACCUGACCACCCUACAGCUACGCUUGGGUGAGCUGGAGCAGCUCAAGCCCAAAGUGGAGGUCAAAGAGAUCGUCAAUGAGAUCUACAGAAUCGAUCCUGACACCGAAGUCGAGCUGAUGCGUCUGAAGAAAGAGCUGCAGGACUCGGGCCGGAAACGUGUGGACCUGGAGAAAGAGAUCGAGAUCGUCAUGGAGACCCUGACAAACCUGCGUGCUCAGAAGCCCAAAGUGGAGUACAAGGAGGUAACCCAGGAGGUGAUCAAAGAAGAGAAGAGCCCAGAGGUCAUCAGGGAGUUGCAAAGGCUGAACAACCAAGUCAACCGUCUGCAAGUCAACUAUGACACCACCUUUGAGCUGCUGUCCCGUCUACGUAAGGAAAGAGAUGAUCUGAAGGACGAGAAAUCUAAAGUGGAGACGCAGCUUGUGUCUAAAGAGAUCAUCAAAUAUGAAAACGACCCUCUCCUGGAGAAAGAGGCGGACCGACUUCGGAGAAACGUGAGGGAGGAGAUUCACCAACGCCGCCUUGUGGAGGAAAGUCUCUUCGACCUUCAGAACCAGUACAUCACCCUUGAGCGUCAGAAGCCGGAGGAAAAGAUCGUGACACAGGAGGUGGUUCGUCUUCAGAAGGACCCAAAGCAGUUCCUGGAACACGACAAGUUAAACAAGAACCUGGAUGAUGAGAUGAAGAUGCGUCGGAAACUCGAGUUAGAGGUCAGACAGCUGAGAGCCCGGAUCGAAGAAAAAGAGAGGAACCUGGCUGAGAUGGAUGAGCGUCAGAAGAAGAUCCAAGUAGAGUCCGAGCUGAGGCAGAUCAAGUCCCGUAUUCUUGAGCUGGAGAACACUCCGUCACCUGUUCAGGAGAAAAUCAUCAUAGAGGAGGUCCUGAAAGUAGAGAGGGACCCCAAGCUGGAAAAACUCACCAAUGAUCUUCGCUCAGGCUUGGAGACGGAGGGUACCAACAUCAGCCGCUUGGAGAGAGAAAUUAGAACCCUCAGGAUCAAGUUGGAAGUCCUUGAAAAGGAGAAGUCAAUUGAGAAGGUAGUUUACAGAGAGGUUGUCCGUGUGGAGAAGGACCCAGCAGUAGAAGCUGAGAGGGAUCAUGUCAGAGAGCUGCUGAAUCAGGAGCGAAAUCUCAGACAGAUGCAGGAAGACAGCAUCCACAAAGUAAACAUGCAAAUCAAACACAUCUCCGCAUCCAAGUCUGUGACCUCUCAGGAGGAGGCAACGCUCUUCUCCCUCAGAGAUGCUCUCAAGAGGGAGAAGGAGGACCUCCUCCAUCAACUCAAAAUACAGGAGUCCGAACGGCAAAGCAUCAGCAUAGCUUUCCAGCAGCAGUCCAAGCUAGUGAGUGAGAGGAACCAGAUGGCGCGACAGAGGAGUCUAAAAACCACGUCUGAGGUUCAGCGGCUGGAGAGGGAGAUCCUGAAUGAGAAGGACAUCAUACACCAGAGAGAAACGCUCAUCGCCGAGCUGCGCAACAGCAUCAAAAGCGAGGACUAUUCUGAAACUCACACCAGGGAGACGAAUCUUUCAACAAGGAUAACCAUCCUGGAUCCAGAAACCGGCAAAGACCUGUCUCCGUACGACGCCUACUUACAAGGAGUCAUCGAUCGAAACCACUACCUGCAGCUGUCGCAGCUGGAGUGCGACUGGGAGGAAAUAACCAGAACGGGUCCAGAUGGAGAUACCACAAUUUUGCAGGAUCGAAAAAGUGGUCAACAGUACUCCGUCAAGGACGCUCUGAAGGAGGGACGCCUGACCGAGUACGAUGUGGCCCGCUACAAGGAGGGGAAGAUACCCAUUUCUGAGUUUGCUCUCCUUGUUGCAGGGCAGAUACAGAAGCCUUACGUUCCUCCACCAACACUCAAAACUCCUACCAAAGCCACCGCCACCUCCCCCUUGAACUCCAUGUCUUCAUCGAGGUCCUACAGCAGCCUGAACACUCACCUCAGUGGAAGCUUAAGCAGUAUCGCAGCUUCAACAGCCGACGAAUAUUUCCCAAUCUCCGGUGUGUUCGACACCACCACUGACAGUCGCAUGUCGGUGAGAAGCGCUCUUACCCGCAAACUCAUCGAUGCUGACACAGCUCUGAGGCUGCUGGAGGCGCAGGCGGCCUCCGGUGGGAUCGUCGACCUGACCAAGAAGGACAAGCUCUCCGUUCACAAAGCGGUUGAAGUAGGUCUCAUCGAAUCAGGCCAGAUGUACAAACUCCUCAGUGCCCAGAAAGCCUUCACCGGGGUUGAAGAUCCUACGACCAAAGAGCGCCUUGCAACGGGGCAGGCAGCGCAGAAAGGGUACAUCCCCAAAGAGAACGCCAAGAGGUUCUUGGAGGCACAGUACCUCACUGGGGGGUUGGUGGAUCCCAAGAAAGCAGGCCGCCUAACCGUUGACGAGGCCCUCGCUGCCAAACUGAUUGAUGACACAAUGGCAGACGAGCUGAAAGAUGAAGCAUCACACACCAAAGAGCUGAUUGACCCAAUCACCAAGGAGAAGAUAUCCUACAAGCAGGCCAUAGACCUGUGUAGGAGAGACAUCACCACGGGGCUCCUGCUGCUUCCUGCAGCCUCCACCAGUGCAAAUGCUCCGUCAUACUCAAACUACCGCUUCAGCUCCUCCAGCGUGUUCUAGACACACAUCUCCAAGUGUUGGUUUGCUGCAGCCAGGGGUGCUCAGCUAGUGGACUGAAGCAGAUGAUAACUUUUACAUGUUCAUAAACAUAAAAAGUAGAUGGUUUUGGUGCAAAAGUGAUAAAUUUGGUUUGAUGUAAAAUAAAAAUGGUUGUUAUUGUCCUAUAAUUGGAUUUGUUCAUCUGAACCAUUCCAGUGUGUCAAAUAAACUUUACCAGAUUUA